UUAAAACCCACCUGGCCUCGCCCUUCCCACUCCAUUUCAUUUCAAUUACACCACACCAUACCACUUUCUCUCAUUACUCUGCAGCCUCACUCUCUGUUUUCUUUCCUUUCUAAAACUUUGCUUUAUAUAAUCGGAGCUCAGUGAUCAACCAUCCUAAAAUGUCGGAAACUUGCACAAGGAAGCUUAUCGUUGAAGUCUGCAAUGCAAAGAAUCUGAUGCCGAAAGAUGGCCAAGGCACAGCCAGUGCUUAUGCUAUUGUAGACUUUGACGGACAGCGGCGGAGGACCAAGACCAAGUUCAGAGAUCUGAAUCCAGAGUGGGAUGAAAAGCUUGAAUUUCUAGUCCAUGACACUGACUCCAUGCCCUCCGAGAUCUUAGAGAUCAAUCUUUAUAAUGAUAAGAAGACUGGAAAACGAAGUACUUUUCUUGGUAAAGUAAAGAUCGCUGGGAGUGGAUUUGUUAAAGCUGGAUCGGAAACUCUGGUUUACUAUCCGUUGGAGAAAAGAAGCGUGUUUUCACAGAUUAAAGGAGAAAUUGGGUUGAAAGUUUAUUAUAUUGAUGAGGAUCCACCGGCAGCCCCAGCGGAGCAAAAGCCAGAAGCAACAGCUCCGGCUGCAGCGGAGGAGAAGCCACCUGAGGAUGCUGCAAAACCAGAAGGGGAGAAGAAGGAAGAGAAAGCUGAAGAGAAUAAAGAGGAGAAAAAGGAAGAGCCAAAGGCAGAGCCGUCUACUGAAGCUAAAAAAGAGGAGGAGAAGCCAAAUCCACCGCAGGAGGAAAAAGAAUCAAAAAAACCUGAGGAAGCUUCCCCAGCGCCUCCAGCAGCAGCUGUUGAGGUGGAUAAUCCACCAUCGGCCCACAGUGAGGAAAAGACAUCAAAGCAGCAAAAGGAUAAGCCAACAGACACCGGAAAAAGUUCCGAUUUCACAAUCAACGACCUUGAACUCCGGUCAUUAGCUAGCGAUCGCAGCCGCAGUGCAUACGAUCUGGUAGAUCGCAUGGCAUUUCUAUAUGUCCGCGUUGUAAAGGCCAAAAGAGCAAGCUCUGAAUCUAAUCCUGCAAUGUAUGCAAAGCUUGCGAUCGGUACACACAGCAUCAAAACAAAGAGCCAGAAUGACAAAGAUUGGGACCAAGUUUUUGCGUUUGACAAGGAGGGACUGAACUCAACUUCUCUGGAGGUUUCAGUGUGGGCAGAGGAGAAGAAAGAGAACGAGGAGAAAACAGAGAGUUGUUUGGGUACGGUAUCGUUCGAUUUGCAGGAGGUACCAAAGAGAGUACCACCCGAUAGUCCUCUGGCUCCUCAAUGGUACAGUUUGGAAUCAGAGAAGUCGCUGGGAAAUGACGUCAUGCUGGCCGUUUGGGUCGGGACUCAGGCCGAUGAGGCAUUUCAGGAGGCUUGGCAGUCGGACUCGGGCGGGCUGAUACCCGAGACACGAGCCAAGGUGUACUUGUCACCAAAGCUUUGGUAUUUGAGAUUAACGGUAAUCCAAACCCAGGAUUUGCAGCCAGCUUUGGCUUCCGAACCUAAGGCUAGGAGUCCAGAGCUGUAUGUUAAGGCUCAGCUUGGCGCACAGGUUUUCAAAACGGGAAGGACUUCAGUUGGGUCUUCCUCCUCUAGCUCGGCUAAUCCCACUUGGAACGAGGAUUUAGUUUUUGUGGCGGCUGAGCCGUUUGAACCGUUUUUAGUGGUGACAAUGGAAGAUGUGACCAAUGGGCAGUCUGUGGGCCAUGCUAAAAUACCUAUGGCAGGCAUAGAGCGGCGGACGGAUGAUCGUACGGAGCCCAAAUCAAGAUGGUUCAAUUUGAUUGGCGAUGAGAACAGGCCGUACACGGGGAGGAUACACGUGAGAGUAUGUUUGGAGGGUGGCUAUCACGUGCUAGAUGAGGCAGCACAUGUUACUAGCGAUGUUAGAGCUGCAGCAAAGCAAUUAGCCAAAGCUCCCAUAGGGCUGUUAGAGGUUGGGAUCCGAGGGGCCACGAAUCUGCUUCCGGUGAAAACCAAGGAUGGUACACGUGGGACUACUGACGCUUAUGUUGUGGCUAAGUAUGGGCCCAAGUGGGUUCGGACCCGCACGAUCCUUGAUCGAUUUAAUCCACGGUGGAAUGAGCAGUACACAUGGGACGUAUAUGAUCCAUGCACUGUGCUUACUAUUGGCGUGUUUGAUAAUGGAAGGUAUAAGCGGGAUGAGCCAGGAAAAGAUAUCAGAGUUGGGAAAAUACGUAUACGCUUAUCAACGCUUGAUACAAAUCGGGUGUACCUAAAUUCUUAUUCGCUUACCGUAUUGUUACCUGGUGGGGCCAAGAAAAUUGGAGAGAUUGAGAUAGCCGUUAGAUUUUCAUGCUCAUCAUGGCUCAGUUUAAUGCAAGAGUACGCAACUCCAAUGCUUCCCAGAAUGCACUAUGUGCGCCCUUUGGGUCCUGCUCAACAAGACAUAUUGCGCCACACGGCUAUGCGUAUAGUCACGGCUCGGCUAGCCAGGUCUGAGCCGCCAUUAGGUCAAGAAGUGGUUCAGUUUAUGCUGGAUAGCGACACCCACAUGUGGAGCAUGAGGAGAAGCAAGGCAAACUGGUUCAGAGUGGUUGGGUGCCUCACACAUGCGGCUACUUUGGCGCGUUGGUUGGAUGGGAUUCGCACGUGGGUACACCCACCCACCACUAUUCUAGUCCAUGUGUUACUUGUGGCUGUCGUUUUAUGUCCACAUCUACUGCUCCCCACCGUAUUCAUGUACGCCUUCUUGAUUUUAGCACUGAGGUUUCGAUAUCGCCCAAGGGUCCCACACAACAUGGACCCAAGGCUUUCCUAUGUGGAUGCUGUGGGCCAGGAUGAGCUCGAUGAAGAGUUUGAUGGAUUUCCUACCACACGAUCAUCUGACGUGGUUCGUAUUCGAUACGAUAGGCUGCGGGCUUUAUCUGGGCGGGCACAGACACUUUUAGGUGAUUUGGCAGCCCAAGGAGAGCGUUUAGAGGCGUUGUGUAGUUGGAGGGAUCCAAGGGCUACUGGGAUUUUUAUGGUGUUUUGCUUGCUAGCUUCGUUGGUAUUUUACGCGGUGCCGUUUAAGGUUUUUGUGCUAGGGUCAGGGUUCUACUAUCUCCGCCACCCAAGGUUCCGUGACGACAUGCCGUCUAUUCCUGUCAACUUUUUCCGGCGACUACCGUCGCUAUCAGAUCAAAUUCUGUAGACUGUAGUGAGUGCACUACAGGUAGCCGUUUUGAUUUCUGUAAUAAGAUCAUAAAUUAUUGUUUUAUUGAUUA